GCCCGACCAGAAGCACAGGCGGUUUUUUCGCUGCAGCGUUGGACUGAGUCUUCUUGGAGCCUCUGGGGAAGAGGUGGAGAGACUUAGCCGAGGGGCGGAUGGGGAUUUAUCACUGCCUGCGCCGCGCUUCCUUCGCUCGCUUUUCCUGCCCUUAAUCGUUAUCUGGUCUGACCCUGCGCUCCUCUGCCUGUCAGGGAAGGAUCGUGACCAAGAGCCUGGGACAGGCGAAGGAGCCUUGCGGCGGCGACGGCGACAGCGGCGGGCGACUGGUGCCCUCUGCUCGCCGCGGGCCCCUCCCCUGCGAUGGGGAAUGGGUUGUCGGAGCAGACGCCGAUCCUGUCGAGCCUGCCUGCCUUCCAGUGCUUCCACAUCGUGAUCUUGGGGCUGGACUGUGCCGGCAAGACCACCGUCCUCUAUCGGUUGCAGUUCAACGAGUUCGUCAACACUGUGCCCACGAAAGGUUUCAAUACGGAGAAAAUCAAGGUGACGCUGGGAAACAACAAGACUGUCACUUUUCACUUCUGGGACGUCGGAGGCCAGGAGAAGCUGCGGCCACUUUGGAAGUCCUAUACCCGCUGCACGGACGGCAUCGUCUUCGUGGUGGAUUCCGUGGACGUGGAAAGAAUGGAAGAAGCAAAAACGGAACUUCACAAAAUCACACGGAUUUCUGAGAACCAGGGAGUGCCUGUGCUCAUCGUGGCCAACAAGCAGGACUUGAGACAUUCACUGUCGCUCUUAGAGAUGGAAAAGAUGUUGGCAACCAGCGAGCUGAGCUCUUCCACCCCCUGGCAUCUGCAGCCCACUUGUGCUAUAAUAGGAGAUGGUCUUAAAGAAGGACUAGAGAAACUGCAUGAUAUGAUAAUUAAAAGAAGGAAAAUGCUGAGGCAACAGAAAAAGAAAAGAUGAGCUGCUGUGGGUUAAUUCCUUCUAGAUGUUUGACUAAAACAGUGGGCAGCACCAGACUUGCUCAUUUGGAUCUUGUACAGACUGAUUAAACACACAGCCUGGUGGGAAGUUUUGCAGGCAGAUCAUUUAUAUAGUUUCCCCACGUAUAUUUGGGCACUACUACUUUAAAAGGAAAAAAAAGCAACUCCAUUGUUACAUAGUACAAAGAGAUCAGGAAACAGGUGGGUGGGUAAAUGAAAUCUGGAUAUCUAAAUAACCAAAUAAAACAAUGAAGAGUGAUUUGCCUGGUGGUAUAGUCAUAUGUCUGAGAGUGCCUUUGCAAGAAGAUUGCAUUCAAGGCAUUAGUGUUUCACCUACUGCUUGUGUAAGUGGAGUGUUUAGAUGAGGAUACACAGCUUUAAAACAAUAUCCUAUAACAUGUCUGGAGCUAGACAACCAGUAUUUAAGGAGGCUGUGAAUGUGAAAGAUUGGUUGUAUGGUAUGCUUUAACUGGUUUCUCUUAAAAUACUACUUGGAGCUCAGAUGAAUUGAAUUAUCACUAUUGUGGUAGUCAUGUUAUUUGCAGCUUGAUGGAGAAAAAAGUAUGGACUAUGUAAGAGCAUGGAUGAGUUUCCUGAUAAUGUAGCAUGUCUUGGUGUGUAGGAGUUCUUUAGAAAUAGCUGUGCAUCGUUAAAGCAGUGCUAAUCAGAUUUGGACCACACUUAUUUGUUCCAAGAAGACAUGUUUUAGAAGGGAAAACCCAAACAAUUAGACAAAUGUAUACUACUACCAUAAGGAGUUUCAGGAUUCUUAUAGUUCAAUAUUACCUUUAGAUUAAAUUGAUGGCAAUAAAAUUUGAUCAUGGUUCAGUAUAAGUCAAACUAACAUCAGCAACACUACAUGUCCUGUGUGCCCAAUAUUGUUGAAAUGUACUGCCAGGUUUUUUGUAAUCAAUGUACUGAAUCUUUAUACACUUGAAAACUUUGACACUGUGCAAAACAAGAGUUUAAAGAUGACACGUGUCUGCUUUAAUUAUGCUUUAAGUUUUUCUUGUUUACAUUCAUGCAAACAGUGUUUAAGUUGGUGGGAUGGCACAUGAUACUGAGACAUGUUUCUUAUUGGUACAAUUUUUUUCAAAAAAUCAGUUGGUGUGGGUAGCAGGUCAAAGGGCUAAAGUGAAGCCUGUAUUACUCUACUGGUGCUGUGAAACAUUGUUAUAAUAAUUCCGUUAUUAAAUGAAAAGAACUUGAAAGGAGCUGAGAUUUGUCCUUCCUUCAGCACAACCAACAAAGUUAGUGUGAUUUUAUUGAUCAGAUAUAAGGAGGGUUAACUACAGUUCUGACUGUUAGGAAAUAAAAAUUUCUGCAGAAUCAAAUUUUAUAGCCAGAAACUGCUUAGAAGGUAACCAAAAAUGCACUUUAGUGUUUUCCAAUACUGAAAGUGUCAGCUUUUUAAAAAAAAAAAUGAAAUCCCGAUCCUUUUCAAAAGAAUUGAAGUAGCUUCCAAUGGAGCUUUUGUAUGGUGGUUAUAUGUAUCUGCACUAGUGACAUUAAAAGUCACUUUAUGUCUAUAUUUAUAGAAAUGUAGAUAACUUCUUAAACCUCAGUAAACUCAGUUCCAAGUAAUUCAUUGAAACAGAAGUUGAAAACAUUCUACUGUGUUGAUCUUGCUUUUUAUCAGGACUGUCUGCAUGAAACUGAACUCUAUUCAUGUGACAUUUGUAAAAUGUGACAAUGUUUUAAAAAUCACUGGUAUCUCAUUAAAAAUUAAAUGGCAAUUUGCAUUAUGUUCUGUGUGUUUACAACAGUGAAAUAUACUUUUUGAUACA